CUAAGUGGUUUAAUCCAUCAGAAGGCCCUACUGUACUGGAAAUUGAUCCUUGGCUUUGAACAAUUCAUCAGUUAGAGAUCGUGAUGUGCAGUUUUGUAUAAGAAUACGUGAUCCAACCGCAACAAGGUGGAGGAGCAGCCACAGGAGCACCGGAUGAUGAUGGAGCUGUUAACAUAAAGACAUGCAGGCGAGAGUCAAAACAAGUGCAGCCCGUCACUGACACACACACAUCCCGGGUUCUGCUGGAGAGACAAGGGCAGGAGCCCAUUUUUUGUGCUGUUUUAGACUGGUGAUCAGAGGUCUUCGAAAUAUGGAUUUAAAUGACAGCAAGUCUCUGGCCGAGCUGAUGAGCCGAUAUGCGUCUUCAGAAACUGGAUUCGGUGUCCCCAAGGAUGGCUGGCGCAUAUGCCUGGCGCACGAGUUCAAAGAGAAGCGCAAACCGUUUCAAGCCAAAGAUGUGUCAUUGUCCAACAUGCUCGAGCAUGUUUCUUUAGGUGUCAGGUACCUUAAAUGGUGGUACCGAAAGACCCAGGUUGAGAAGAAGGCUCCUUUCAUUGAUAUGUUUCGGGCUGUGCCACUGAGACAGAUUUAUGGCGUUCCUCUUGGUGGCAUUGGCGGAGGGAGCAUCACUCGUGGAUGGAGAGGAGAGUUCUGCCGCUGGCAACUAAAUCCUGGAAUGUACCACUACAAAACCGUUAUUGCUAAUCAGUUUACAGUGUGUCUGCGAAGGGAUGGCCAGACUGUGUACCAGCAGGUUUUGUCUACAGAACGACCUUCGACUUUACAGGGCUGGAACUGGGGUUAUUGUGGUGAACAUGCCUUUUACCAUGGCCUUUUCCCACGAGCCUGGACAGUCUACAACCUGCCCGGCCAGAACGUCACUCUCACCUGCAGACAGGUGUCGCCUGUUAUCCCUCACGACUACAAGGACUCCAGUCUUCCUGUGGCUGUGUUUGUGUGGGACAUUGAGAAUAAGAAUGAUUAUGCGCUUGACAUUUCUAUUAUGUUCACCAUGGUCAACGGGUCCGGCCAAAAAGAUGACAAGAGUGGGGGCCACUGGAAUGAACCAUUUCACCUUGAGAAAGAGGGAGAAUCCGUGUCUGGGGUUUUACUACACCACCAGACGCCUGCAAACCCUUACACACUGUGCAUAGCUGCGAGACAGAAGUCUGGCCAGGAGAUCAGUCACCAGACUGCGUUCAGUCCAAAGGGAACGUGCAGUGCUGUGUGGUGUGACCUUAUGACUGACGGGCGACUUGACUCGCCCACAAACUCCAGUCCACCCACAGAGAAGGGGGAAGAAGUGGCAGCAGCUCUGGUGGUCAGCUGCUCUGUGUCUGCUAACAGUCGCAACAGUGUGGACUUCAGCUUGGCCUGGGACAUGCCUAAAAUCACAUUUGGCUCCAAAGAGAGAACAUAUGUGAGGAGAUACACACGCUAUUAUGGUACCAAAGGAGAUGCGGCCCCGUCUAUUUCCCACUACGCGCUCACACACUACAGUAAAUGGGAGGAGAGCAUUGAAGAGUGGCAGAGGCCGAUUCUGCAGGACAGGUCUCUUCCAGCGUGGUAUAAAUCUGCUCUGUUUAAUGAGCUCUAUUUUGUUGUGGACGGUGGAACAAUAUGGGUGGAGCUUCCGGAAGAUGCUGAUAUCAGCGGUGGGCUUCGUCCUGAGGAUGGAGGGCUUCCAGCACAGCCUGAAGUUGUCAAAGAUUUUGGUCGUUUUGCUUACCUAGAGGGUCAAGAGUACAGGAUGUAUAACACAUAUGAUGUCCAUUUCUAUGCUUCAUUCGCUCUCAUCAUGCUCUGGCCAAAGCUGGCUCUGAGUCUACAGUAUGAUAUCGCGGGUAGUGUUGUUCAGCAUGACCCCAUGGAGAGGCUGAAUCUAAUGAAUGGCAGAUAUUCGCCAGUCAAGACUCGAGGUGUUGUACCACACGACAUCGGAGACCCGGACGAUGAGCCAUGGGUUCGUGUCAACGCUUAUUUGAUCCAUGACACGGCUGACUGGAAGGACUUGAACCUGAAGUUUGUGCUGCAGGUGUACAGGGACUAUCAUCUGACCCAGGACCAGCAGUAUCUGAAGGACAUGUGGCCCGUGUGCCAGACCGUGAUGGAAAACGAGUUGAAGUUUGAUAAGGACGGCGAUGGCCUGAUAGAAAACUCUGGAUAUGCAGACCAGACCUAUGAUGGAUGGAAGGUGACUGGACCCAGUGCGUACUGUGGUGGUCUGUGGCUGGCGUCUGUGUGCAUGAUGUGUAAAAUGGCACGUGUGCUAAAUUGCGAGUCUGUUUAUCAACGCUACAGAGAUAUUUUGGAGAGAGGAAGUGCAGCCUUUGACAAACUCCUCUGGAAUGGCAAGUACUAUAAUUAUGACAGCAGUGGGCGGAGUCUGUCUAACAGUGUGAUGUCAGAUCAGUGCGCAGGCCAUUGGUUCCUCAGGGCAUCUGGACUGGGAGAUGAUGAAUACCAGGCAUUUCCAAAGGAGAAGAUCUGCAGUGCGCUGAAGUCAGUGUUUGACCUGAACGUGAUGAGUUUUGCUGGUGGGCAGAUGGGGGCAGUGAACGGCAUGAGGCCAGAAGGUGUUCCUGACCGCUCCAGCGUUCAAUCAGACGAGGUGUGGGUGGGUGUGGUCUAUGGACUGGCAGCUACAAUGAUACAUGAAGGUAUGGUGGAGGAGGGCCUGCGCACUGCAGAGGGCUGUUAUCGAGCUGUAUGGGAGCGAAUGGGAAUGGCCUUCCAGACACCCGAAGCCUACUGCGAGAAGGGCAUCUACCGUUCUCUGGCUUACAUGAGGCCUCUGAGCAUAUGGGCAAUGCAGCUGGCACUCAACAAUCGGCCAAACCACGACACAACCACUGAUAAAACCUGAGCUGAAUCCUUAAAAAUCUGCCCAAGGGAACUUUGCACUGGCGAGCAAUCCAUGUAAAUUCUUGAUUUUUGCAUUUUGAACUUUAAAAGACGGCUAAAUGAUUUGUGCGAUGUUGGUUCAGAUAGAACCUUCAUCACGGGUUGUUUUGAAAAGCUGACUCUUCUACUGAAGAUGUGCAUAAGCUUUAUUACAGUUUUGCAUGUAGCAGCUGUGAUAUUUUGAUGAUUGGAAGUGUGUAAAUUUUCUUUGUAGGGGUGGAGGGUUAUCAAUCCUCGAGAAUUGAGUAGUUUGAAGGAAGGUUCACAUUAAAAAUGACAAAUUGCGCAUCAUUUACUCACCAAACCCUAUAUGAGUUUUUUUUUUUUUUUUUUUCAGUUGAACAAAAUAUGUUGUGCCGGAGAUUGUUGGAAGUUGGUAGCCAUUGACUUCCAUAAUAGCUUUAUGGAGGUCAAUGGCUACCAGCUUUCAACAUGCUUCAAAUUAUCUUUUUUUUAUCUUAUGCAGAGGAAAUUUGGUUUUAAACAAAUGGAGGCUGAGUAAAUUAUGACAGAAUUUUCAUUUUUGGGUGAACUGGCCCUUAAAAGGAUGAUUCUGUUGAACAUUCCCUGCAUAUUUUGCAUUAUUUCCGUUAUGGGGAUUUUUCUAGAAUAUUUGAAAUCUUUUUUUUGUUGUUGUUGAAGUAUUUGUCCUCGUGUAUAAAGCAUCAUAAAGCAUCUUUCUGAAGCUUGGACAAGUCAGUACUGUACAUUUUAGAUUACAAUCAUAUAUAUAUAUAUAUAAUUUAAUAAAUUGGAAUGUAUGUUUACUGCA